AUGGAGCCCCAAAAACCAGCUGAAGAGGGUGCGCGCUCCCGCCGCCCCUCACCUCACCCCGCCAUCGCCUGUGAAACUGCAGCCAGCCGCCCGGACUCGCCACAAGACGAUUACAAAACUCCGGAGGCGGAAACAUCAGAAGACCACGCCGUCGCCUUUUGGGCGGCGAGCAAAAUGGGACAAAGGCGGCGCCCUCGAGAUGACAAGCUGUCGCCUAAGGCAGGUGUGGAGCGAGAUUAUAUCACGCUCCACAGCAUAAUACAAUGCGGCCUCCUUAGCGCGGCGGCUCAGAGUUGGAUGGCGCUAUUUUUCCGACUGCGAGACGCCGAACAAUCGGGAAGCCACCCCGACGUCGAGGAUGUCGGGAUACUGAAGCAAGCCUGCGCGGGACGGGUGUCGGUGGGACUAGCCAUGCCCCCCACACCCGCCCCCCUCCCCUCUCUUCGAGCACCGCGUCAGCGACAGCGCGAGGAAGGGCCGGAAUGCGAGACGCCUACAGCGAAGCGUCCUAGGAAGAGGUCGCACUCGUGGACCCCAAGCCCCCCGCACCCCUCGCACCCCCCGCACCCCUCGGACAAGAUAACCGAAGAGCGGCGGGCUCCGGCACUCGUGCCGUCGAGCCCCCCACCGCGCCCCCGCGAAGCGCCCCCGCGUUCGUCUGCGGGCGACACCACUCCGCCUGUCGCCCCCCCCCGCUCGGGUAUCCCGUUACCCCAGCGGAGCCGUGACCCGCGUCUGAGGGCGAACCGCUCCCCCGCCCCCGUGCCGUCGCUGGCAAUUCCCGCGUGGGCUCCGCCGCGACUGGCCGCCUCCGCGUCGCCCGCCGCGCCGCCGACCGCGCCGCUCAACGCGCCGCUCACCGCGCCGCCGGCCGCACCGCUCAACGCGCCGCUCGCCGCGCCGCUCACCGCCCCGCCGGCCGGUCCGCGCACCGCGCCGCCGACUGCGCCGCUCACCGCGCCGCCGGCCGCCCUGCGCGCCGCGCCGCCUGCGGCUCCCUCCGCGUGGGGACAGCCGCGGCUGGUCGCCUUCUUACCGGCAACCGCGCCGCCUGCGGCUCCCCCCGCGCGGGGUCUGACAACUGCACCCUCUGUCCGGGGCCGCUCCUACGCGGCUGCCAGUACAAGCGCGCCCAGGACCGCCGCCACCACCACAGCACCCAGCACCACCGCUCCAGCACCCGCUGCCGCCUCUUCGAGGAACAAUGGCGCUAACACAACAGCGCCCCCCUCCCAGGCCUCCCGGACGAAAUAUCCACCCAUCAUAGUGGAGAGGCUCCCUGAUUGGAUGGUGCACUUUAGGGAGCUCACCACUAAGCUGGGACACCCGCCGUCAGCCCGUCCCUUCGGCGCAGGAGUCAGAUUUUCGCCGAGGGACGACACAGAGUACCGCACCAUCCAGAGAUAUCUCGACGACAUUGCGCAACGAGACCAGCGUAUAUCCUGGUUCUCCUACUCCUUGCCGGCGGAGAGGAAUCUCAAGGUGGCGAUAAGAGGCCUCCCCCUGGAGACCCCCGAGGACGCCGUAAAGGAAGCUCUCACCGAAAAGGGCUUCGAGGUGGAAUACAUUAAGAACAUCCGUGCCCGGGGAGGGCGCCCCGGGUGCAUAUUCUACGGCCUCCUCAAAAAGACCUCGGGUUUCCAGGAGGUAUACCAAGUGGAUGAGCUCCUCCUGAUGCCGGGCAUCAAGAUUGAGGCUUGGAGGGGGAAGAAGGGCCCCGCACAAUGUCACCGCUGCCAGCUGUUCCGGCACAGCAGUCAUAACUGCCACCGCCCACAGGCGUGCGUGCGCUGUGGGGAGCCGCACGCCGCCAGCGACUGCCCGCGCCCCCUUGAAGUACCGGCCACCUGCGCCAAUUGCGGAGGCCCGCACCCCGCAAACAACGCGGCGUGCCCGGUGUUCAAGCGGGAGGCGCGGAACAAGCGUGCCGGAACGGUCGCCCGUACGACGCCAGCGGCGGAGCCAGCGCCGAUGGUAGAGGAGACGGCGCCCGCCACCUUAAUGGCUCCCGCCAACCCGCCAGCAGAAAGAGGAGCCACCCUCCCCGGCGGAAAGAAGAAGAGAAGGAGAGGCGCGAAGAAGAAGCCAGGCGUCGAGGGCUCCCAACCAGCGGGAAAGCCCGAAGCCCCCCCACGACCUCCACCAACCGACGGCCCAGAACGGGUGCAGCCCACACCUGCACCACUGCCCGGCCCCAACAAUACGGACACCACCACCAUGCUGCUCCUCCUGGGCCAACAAAUGCAGCAGAUGGCGGAGAUCCUCAGAGGGAUGCAAGCACGGCCUCAAAUUUAG